CCUCUAUUAAAUCGUUACAGUGUGAACAUAAUUGUUUUAUAGUGUUAGUCCUUUAUCUGAUUGAGCAGUAAACCCUAAUUCCCAAAUUGAUAGACAGUUUACCCCGACGGAUAUACUAUUUGUUCGUCCGAUUGUAAGAUGGAUAGAAAUAAAUGGAGGGUUGUCGGUUGUGGUGAGGAAGAUAGGAUCAGUAACUUACCGGAACACUUGAUAGACUCAAUCUUAGAGAGCCUCCCGAUUGAAGAUGCUGUAAGGACAAGCAUUAUAUCAAAAAAGUGGAGGCACAAAUGGACCACAAUGAGUACACUAGCUUUUGAUGAGCACUUCUCCAAAAAAUUCGCAAAAAAUAGAGCUUUUGAUCAUAACGGGGUUAUAAGGAUUAUAAACAAAGUCUUGAUCCUUCACAAGGGUCCUAUCUCAAAAUUUCAUCUCCAUAUACCAAAUAUUUUUCUUGAUAACUUCCAAGAAGUCGAUCAAUUCAUGCUACUCCUAUCAAGAAACAAUGUUAGGGAACUCAUUCUAACUAAUUUAAAUCGCAGUUAUGAACUUCCUUCUUAUUUGUUUUCUUGUCGAGAAUUGACAAAGUUAGAACUUCAGAAGUGUCGCUUCAAUCCACCACUUGAGUUUGAAGGAUUUCUCAACCUUGAAGAACUUCUUCUGAAGGAUAUUGAUUUUGGUUCUAGAUUAUGUGGAACUAAGAUCAAACUACCACAGCUUAAGAAGUUGACCCUGCAUAUGUGUAAAAAUGUUUACAAUUUCAACAUUAAGGCUACAAAACUGCGGAUUUUGACUGUGGCUGCUUGUCCUGAUGCCAUGUUGCUCCAGUUGUUUGACAGUCCAUGCCUAUUUGUGGCUGGGAUUGCUCUCAAGAAACCCAUACAAGAUUUUGUAGGAGUUGAAAAAAUGAAUUUGGCCACAAUGUUGAGUAACUUGCCUAGAAUUGAACACUUUUAUGUCGACAGUCAUUUUCUUAAGUCUUUGAUUGCAGAAAAAAUUCCAAAAUUGCUUCCACAUGCAAUUUAUAGUUUAAAGCGUCUGGCGUUGUUGUAUUAUCAACUUGCUGAUUUGCAUCAACUUCGUAGUGUUCUUUGUUUGUUGCGGAACUCACCAAAUCUUGAAACGUUGUGUAUAUUCAUGGCAAUGGUUCCUCGAGUUGAUGUGGGUCCAGCUUCAAAUCAUUUGGAAUCCCCAAAUUGUUUGGAUUGUACAUUGAACCGAUUGCAAACUGUAGAGAUAACAUAUUUAGAAGGAUCAAAACCAGAACUGCUUUUCAUAAAGCUUCUUCUUACCCGUUCCCCUUCUCUUGACAAGUUUACUAUCACACCAAGUGGAGCUCUUGAUGCUAAAAAAAUACUUGACAUUGCUAAGGAUGUUAUGCAGUACCCUCGAAUCUCACCUAAAGCGAAAAUGUUCUACUUGAAUCCUAAGCGAUAAUCAAGUAUGUAAGAAUGUUCAAACACAUUACUGAUUGUUAGAACUACCAAGUAUGAUGAAAUUUUUGCAUUUACAUUAACA